UCUUCGUUUCUCACUCAUGCCUGCAAACCCAAUUCGCCAAAACAUCUGUUUCUCUCUCUAGAAUCGUCUCAGCCAUGGCGGCUUGGAUUUGCAGAGCUUCUUACAGUUCCUACGCCGCGCAUCUCUUUCUCUCUUUUUUGGUAUUGGGUUGGGCUUCUCGGACUUGUUUCGGGCUCGGGACGUACGGGUUCGAUAUCCACCACCGGUUCUCGGAUCCCGUCAAGGCAAUUCUGGGUUCCGAUGAGCUGCCGGAGAAGGGUAGCGCCGAGUACUACGCCGCUAUGGCCCACCGAGACCGAUUGAUUCGGGGCCGCCAUCUCUCCACCACCGACGAUCAAACGACGCCGCUUGCUUUCGAAUACGGAAACAUCACGUAUCGGAUUAGUGCAUUUGGACAUCUGCAUUAUGCAAAUGUAUCUGUGGGGACGCCGAGCACAUCAUACCUUGUGGCAUUGGACACGGGCAGCGAUUUGCUCUGGUUGCCAUGUGAUUGCAGCAGCUGCGUCCGCGGCCUCCAACUCUCGAAUGGACGUGUAGUAGAAUUUGAGAUCUACAGCCCUAAUACAUCAUCAACGAGCAAAAAGAUUUCUUGCAACAACACAUUUUGUUCACAAUCCCAACGCUGUGCUUCAGCAAGUGAUGAUUGCAAUUACAGGAUCGAAUAUCUGUCUAAUGAGACCUCAUCUACUGGGGUCUUGGUAGAGGAUGUUUUGCACCUAUCUACCGACGAUGCUCAACAAAAAGAUGUACCUGCACGGAUUGCCUUUGGUUGUGGUAAGGACCAGACUGGUAUAUUUUUGGACGGUGCGGCUCCCAAUGGUCUGUUAGGGCUUGGUAUGGAUGAUGUAUCCAUUCCUAGCAUUUUAGCAGGACAGGGCCUUGCUUUGAAUUCUUUUUCCAUGUGUUUCGGACUUGACGGAAUUGGGAGAAUCAGAUUUGGUGAUGAUGGAAGCCAAGGCCAACCAGAAACACCAUUCAAUCAUGAUAGCCAGUCAUAUCCAACUUACAACAUUACUAUCGCUCAAAUAGCCAUCGGAAAAAGUGUUACCGAUCUCGAAUUCUAUGCAAUUUUUGACUCUGGUAGCUCAUUUACAUACCUAAACGAUCCAGCUUACACGCAGAUUACUGAGAGUUUCAACUCUGGGCUUAAAAAUAGUCGGCAUCCAAAGGAUUCAGAUAUUCCUUUUGAAUAUUGUUAUGACAUAAGUCCAAAUCAAUCGGUGAACUUCACAUUUAAAGGUGGAAAGCAGUAUUCUCUCCUCGAUCCACUGGUAACCGUGUCCAAUUCGGAUGAAUCCACAGCGUUCUAUUGCCUGGGCGUCGUCAAAAGUGGAGAUGUUAAUAUCAUUGGACAAAACUUCAUGACGGGUUAUCGCGUAAUUUUUGACCGUGAGAAGAUGGUAUUGGGUUGGAAGGAAUCCAAUUGUUACAACGAUGAGGAAACCAUCACUUUUCCGAUCAGCCCAUCGAAAUCUCCGACUGCCUCCCCCAAGAGCGUCAACCCGGAGGCCACAUCAGGGAGUACCAACACAUCCAGCAUACCGGGAUCAAAUCAUUCACCAAAAUUGAAGAACUCUUUCACAAGUGCAAUCACCAUUCUUCUUUUUGUAUUUUUCGCUGUUGUGUGAUUAUUUCUUGCCAUUCUGUAAUAUAUCUAAAACUGAGAGGCAUUUUGUUUUGGAGGUAGAAUUUACACGGCGAUUUUUGGUAUAUUAUUCGUAGUUAUAGCAACAUGGCUUUGUACGUAUGAUUUUGGUUAUGACUACUGACCACAGACCACAGACCACAGAUAAUAAACAUCUUUUUUUUUUUGUUACAAUAAUAAAUGAUUUUUAGUUUUUGGUUUA